AUGAGUUGUGACUCAUCCUUUUUUUUUAGUGAUUCUAAUUUAGAAUAGAAGUGCGAAAUAGCUAAUUCUUUAUGUACUCAAAAUUAAAUAUUCAUAAACUAUUACUCUUUAAUCUAUUGUCAACUUGAUGGACAUUGGAUUGUGUUCAUAUUUAUGGCAAUAUUUGUUGUAUUAAUAGUAUUCAGGUUAUAUGAUAUCAUAUAUUUAUAAAUAGAUUUAUGAGCACAUUAGUGAUGUAUUAUUUAACACCAGCAAUAGAGUUUAUAACUGAGAAAUUAAAUAUUUCUCAGUCAUUGAGUGCUGUAACUCUAUUGGCCUUUGCUAAUGGGUAUAAUAUAUUCAAUAUAUUUAAGGGCUGGAGAUGUUGUCACAGCAAUUGUGGCUACUGAGACGUUAGAUGGUAUAAGCUAUAAUAUUGGUUCUUUAUAUGGAGCAGGUUUUUUUGUAGCAACAUUAGUUGUUGGAAUAACUAUUAUUAAUUCAUAAUCAUAUAUUGUCAUGAAAUCUUAUUUUAUUUGGAGAGAUAUAUUGUUUUAUAUUGUUGCAACAAUUAUAAUUAUUAUAUAUGGAAUUAUAGGUGAGUUUUCGUUGAUUGAUUCCGCAUUCUUAUUGAUCAUUUAUAUUAUCUUAGUAAUUAUUGUAUUAUUUUAAGAUAAGCUUUAAAGUAUAAAUUUAUACAUAAAAAAGGUCAAUCUAAAAAAUAAUUUGAUGAAUUUUUAAUGGAAAAUGUUAUAGAUGAAACCUAAGAAACUGAAUAAAUUUAAGCUGAAUUACAAGAUACUUAUAUAAUUCAAGAUAAUAGAAAGACUUGUGCUGAUAAAACAUUUUGUGUUGUAGAUAUACCCUUUAGAUUCAUCUUAAAAUAUAGUAUACCUCCCUCUACUAAUGUUACUAAAUCUAUUUUACUAAUUACUAUUUUCCCAAGUCUUUGUUUUGUUUACUUCAUAUUGGGAUCAAAUAAUUACGAUAUUUUCAGCUAUUUAUAUCUCUUGUCAAUAUCUAUUGUAUUAGCUAUAGCAAUUUAUACAUCAUAUCCUUAAGAGAAUGUAAUAUACUACUUUUAAUAUAGGAAUUACCUAAAUACUACAUAUAUAUAUAGAUCUAUAUAACUAUAGUAUCUUUAGUUUGGAUUUAUUGUUUGAGUGGAAUACUCAUAGAUACUCUAACUUUUUUUGGAAUGCUAACCAAUCUAUCCAAUUCUUACUUAGGUAUGACAAUCAUAGCUAUGGGAAAUGCACUCCCAGAUGGAAUUGUUACUAUGGCUCUUGCUAAAUAAGGGUAUGCUACCAUGGGAAUAACAGGAGCGUAUCAAAGUUCAUGAUAUAUAGAUAUUUUGGAUAAAUUUUUGGAUUGUUAGUGGGUCUAGGCAUAUCACUAGUAAAAACUAAUUUAAAGACAGGAGCCAGUGUAGAAUUCGAUCUAUUUAAUAAAGAACUAAUCUAAUAAAAUUUAGUAAAAAGAAAAUAAAUUAUUUAGAUAAUGAUUAUCAUCAUAUUUUCCACUCUUUUUGUAUUGAUUAUAACUUUUUUAUAUGGUAUAAUAAAAAAGUAUCGUUUUGCCAGAGAUCUUUCAGUUUUACUCAUACUAAUAUAUGUAUUAGUAUUAAGUACAAUUACUAUAAUUGCUAUAUAUGAAGCUGUAUGA